GGUUGAGAGUAGAAGAGCAGGUGCCAGCGGGAUGCUCGCCCGACGGGAUAGCAAACGUCGUCCGGAGGGGGGCAGGCGGUGUAGACUGCGUCGCCCGGGGGUCAUCCGAUGGGAUUUUUUGGAGACGACGGGGUGGAGAGGCAGAAGGCGGUCGGGAGGCACGAUCUUGGUGUUCCGUCUGCAUAAGGUGGGCGGUCUGGAGGUCCUCAAUGGUGAAUUGGGAGGGGUCGAGAGAGGCAGUGUCGAAGACGUCAUCAGAGGUGGGUGGAGUGGUGUCGUUAUGGAAAAAGCGGGGGCGGGAGGGAGUGGGCGAGGACUGGUGAUGGGGGUGGAGGAGUCGAUCGUGGUGAAGCAUGCGAGAGAGGAGGUCAACAAGGGGCAUGUCGGGUUCGUGGGCGAGGGUUGUUGCAAGGUCUUUGUGGCAUACUCGUUUGAUGCGGGAGAUGAACGCAAAGUCGGGAAUGACGGUGGUGGGGAGGUGAUGGUGGAGGGAGCGGAUGUAUUGGACGAAGCGGCCUGUGGGACCGGUGUGGUGGAGGUGACAGAAUUGUUCGAGGUAGUCAUCGAUGGUUUUCUGGGGGCGAAAGGUGGCAGUGAGAAGGUUGGCCCAUUGGAGGAAGGAAUGACAUGGUCCUCCGGAGGCUCGACGGUUGCGGACUUCAGCCAUCCACCAUUUGGCGGCAUUGUUGAGGAGGCGGGAGGUGGCAAUGGGGAGCCAGUGGGCAAGGGGCAUAUGGUGGAGGUGAAAAGAGUUCUGGAGCUGGGUUAGGAAGAGGAAAACGUCCUCGUGGGGGCGGCCGGAGGACAUGAUGUUGAUGGAUCGGAAGGAACGGGGGAUUUUCCCGUCGCGGGGAAUGAUCCGGGCGAGGGUGUUGAAGUUUGAGGUUAUUGGGGGUGGUGUCGUAGCAGGUGUAGUAAAGUUGGUUGUUGUCU